AUGGCUCCAGUUACACUGAAGACGGUCGAUGCCGAACUUAAGGAUGCAAUUCAGCACCUUUUCGAAAUCCAAUCCGCCGUGCACGGCUACCUAGGCCCAGAGACCCAACAAGAAUUGGUGCGCAAGAUCAAAAACCUCACCCUUACCCUCUCCACGCUGGCCAGCCACGCCGAAGAUACAGAGACCGACGGCCAAUCCAAUGACCCCUCCAAUCCCUCCCUUGCUAGUGUCCAGCUUCCACCAGAAAUUAUCGACUAUGUGGACUCCGCACGUAACCCAGACAUCUACACCCGUGAAUUCGUGGAGCUGGUUCAGCGCGGAAACCAGGAUUUGAAGGGGAAACGCGAGGCUUUCGCUGGGUUUCGGGAUGUUCUAGCCCGCGAGAUGCGAAGCGCCAUGCCCGAAUGCCGCGGCGAGGUUGAUCGCGUAGUUACUGCGACAGGAGGCACUGUAGAUCGCGACGCUGGAGCUAGUGCUGGAACCGCGCAGGGACAGUAA